UUCGUCAAUCUCCGGUAGUGAAGUGAAAGUGACAUGUCGAAGCGGUUCACGUUAUUUUUAGUUGGUUCCAUCUUCCGGAUCAUAACGUGAACCUGUGACGAAACGAGUUUGUCACACUGAGUAGUAGGAAGCACGCUGCCGCCGCCGCCGCUGUAUCAUUUCGCAUUCUCGUUAGAACCGGUGCGAUGCUGCGAGUUCUGUUCUGUUCGGUAGCUUUGGCCAGUUUUGGAUUGAACAUCAACGCGAUCGGUUGUUGCAACGCCCCACAGCUGCGAAGGUCGUCUAGCGAUUCGGCAGUGCAGCUAAGCGUGUGAUUCCGUUUAUUAAUUACUUUUUGGUGUGAUCGUUUUGAUCAGAGUUUGCUGGUUUCAAAAAUCGUGCUCCCCAUCUGUGUGAUAUCAUCGGCGUGAAGUGUUUUGCGCAUCAUGGUUAACUAUCCCUGGGUUGAACCGGCCACUACCACGCUGGUGGCCCCUGGUGACGAUAGUUACGACGACGCUUGUGCCGUUGACAACAACAAUACUCCCAUGACGAAGUUCAUCACCGCAAAAUUCCCUUCCUACUAUCGGCACCCACUGCGCACGGUAAACCAGUGGUUGAAGGGCAAACGGCGCGAUGACGACGCGGAGGGCCUCUGGCGGAUACACGACUCGCUGUACGAUCUUACGGAGUUCAUCGAUAGUCAUCCAGGGGGAUCCGAGUGGAUUCGUUUUACUAAGGGUACCGACAUCACAGAAGCAUUCGAGGUCCAUCACAUAACUGCCCGAGCCGAACUAGUGCUGCCGAAAUAUUAUGUGCGAGCGGCUCGAUCUCCGCGAAACGUUCGGUUGACGUUCCACAAGCAUGGAUUCUACAGAACAUUGAAACGCCGAGUUGCCGAUAAGCUGCUAACGGUUGACUAUGCACCAGUUCGCACCUCGGAAACAAUUUUGGACUCACUGCUGUGUGGAUCGUUUGCCCUGGCUUGUGUGGCCAUCAACUGGAACAGCUACAUCUUGGCGGCACUGUCUGGACUGUUUGUGGCCUGGACGAUGAAUUGUGCACACAACUUCUUGCACCGGAAGGACAACUGGCGGAUGAUGGCUUUCAAUUUGGCGUUUUUCAGCUACAGGGAAUGGCGAGUAUCACACGCACUUUCGCACCAUCUGUAUCCCAAUUCACUGCUGGAUCUGGAAAUAUCCUUUUUCGAACCUUUCCUCUGUUGGUUCCCAAAAGCAUCCAAGAAGAAUCUAUUCCAACGAUUCGGCUCAUGGAUCUACGGUCCGUUAAUCUACACUGCAAUGUGCAUUUCUGAGAUUGGGAAACGAUUGGCCGAAACGAUCCUGACGAAACGGAAUACCUUUCAUGCUGAUGAUGCCAUAUGCGCGCUUCUGCCGCUUUUCAUGUGGAUGUUCAGCAAUAGCAGCGUUUGGGAAGUUGCGAAAAUGUGGUUCUUCAUCGUGCAGGUCGCCAGUUUUGUUUUCGGAAUAAUUGGUUUGCAUGCAGCUCAUCAUCAUCCGGAUAUCGUGCAUUCCGGAGAUUUGAUUCCAGCGGAUAUCGACUUUGGCGUAUACCAAAUGGCAUCAAUAAUCGAUCGGGUCGAUCUGAAGGGUUCGCAAUUCAAAGUGUUGAUCGGCUUCGGGGAUCACUGUUUGCACCAUCUGUUUCCUUCGCUUGAUCAUGGAAUACUACCGCAGUUGUAUCCGGUGUUCUUCAAAACCUGUGCUGAAUUCCAGUUGGAGUAUCGUGAGCAACAUUGGCUGCAGGCAGUCAUUGGUCAACAUCAGCAGCUAGCGCGAAUCGAAUCAAAAGUUUACGUGCCAUCGAAGAAAUGAUAAUUGUUAGGAAAUCGUAGAGAUGCUCUUCAAAAAAAUAUUAAGGCUGUUUAAUAACCGGUAGAAGAGGUUGAAUGCGAUCAUAGACAGAGAUGUUUAAAUAUCAUAACCGUCAGGUCGGCAGCGUUGAAAAAUCAAAUGCAGAUCCUGCAAUCAUCACAUAUUUUAUUUGUGUAUCACAAUGUUGUUUGAACAUAAUUUUAAUCCAAUUACAUGCAGCCAAGUGGUGACGUUGAAUAACUAUCACAAAUUCUCAGUAUUCUUGUAUUCGAUUAAGUUUCCAAGAUUUUUUAAAAAGGCAAUUUACUGAACUGAGCAAAAUUCCACCUAAUUAUUAAAUAACUAUGGAAAGAGGUUUAACAAAAACAAACUUUAAUGAAUCAUGCAUGGACAGUAGGGCAUAAAUUUACAGUGCCUAUGUUGAUACGGAAGUCAAUCAAACGGGGUACACCAGCAAAAAACGAAAUUUUAAAGAUUGCGUAUGAAAUUUUUAUGUCAUGUUAUUUCAAGCUCGGAGAACUUUGUUGGAGGACUAAGGUAAAUAUAAAAGUGAUAUGAUUUCACACGAGAUCCCGUUUGACUUACUAUGAUAAAUGUAGGUUUGAAGAUGCAAAUAAAAGUUAAGUUGUAUUUA